GCGCCAGAGGAGACGUCGGGGCUUGUCAUGUGACCCAGCCUCCAGCUUCACACAGGAAUGGAGCCGGAAGAAGGGACGCCCUUGUGGCGGCUGCAGAAGCUUCCUGCGGAGCUGGGUCUGCAGCUUCUUCACAAAAUAAUUGAUGGCAUUUGUGGCCGAACUUAUCCUCUCUAUCAGAAUUAUCAGAAUGUUUGGGAUUCAACAGAAUGGAUGCACGUUCUAGAAGAUAUUACCAAAUUUUUCAAAGCUGCAGUUGGUAAAAAUUUAUCUGAUGAAGAGAUAUCUCAGCAGUUGAAUCAGUUGAAUUCAUCUCAUCAAGAAGCUAUCAUGAAAUGCUUAAAAAGUAGGAAAGAUGAAAUCAAGCAGGCUCUGUUAGAAGAAAUAGUUGAUAUUUCCUCUGCACAGCUGCAGGAUUUUGAUUGGCAGUUAAAGCUUGCACUUUCUAGUGACAAGAUUGCUACAUUACAAAUGCCACUUUUAAACCUUCAUCUAGAUGUAAAAGAAAAUGGUGAAGUCAAACCAUAUUCCGUUGAAAUGAGUAAAGAAGAGCUGCAGAAUCUAAUAAAUUCCUUGGAAGCAGCUAAUAAGGUGGUCUUGCAGUUGAAAUAACUGGAAAUGAUGGAUACCAACGUUACCAGAUUCUGCUGUUGUGAUCGAUAUGGCACAGUGAAGACUACGAGUUCAGAAAACCUGCUCUGUAUUGUGAUGGCACGCUGAGAAAGCAGCAGUGUUGAGUUUACAAAGACAACAAUUCAUCAGCUUCCCUAAAGAACAGGAAAUUAUAUGGUUGACAAGAAAUGCAUAAGAACGUGAGAGAUGAAAAGGCUAUCGUAGCAGUUUAUAUUUUCAUAAUGACUGUUUUGCUUCAUUUAUUAAAUAUUUGAGAAAUCUUUAUAGAUACACAAUUUUAUUGAAAGCUAAAAAUAGGCUCUAAAGUAUUGUAAGCAUACAAGCACAAAAUAUAUUUGAAUGUUGCUUAGAGAAGUAUGUGAAUAGCAAGGAUGUUUAUUAUGGAUAUAUAUGAUUAAUUUGCGAUAUUUUUAAAAAAUAACUUUUCAAGAAUGUAUAACCUGCAUAUAUAACUCAGGAGAUUCCAUGUCUUUCUCAUAUUUCAGAGGAAAGAUUAUAAAAUGUAAAAUUUCUCAGAGAAGCUCUUCAGACAUGAACAAGAAAAAAAUAACUAAAUGUGUGAACAGUUUUGAGUUUAAGAAUUCUAGUAACUAAAGUCUUUUACUAGAACAUGGGAAAAAACAAAAAUAACACUGUUCCUUCUGUAUUUUUGUGUCUGGUCCAGAAAGCGUGAUCUGAUAAAAAGAAUACAUGUUAUUAGGCCUUAGGCAUUAACCAUUAAUAAUAGGCAUUAACUAUUCAAAUAUCAGCUAUGACUAUCUAUAGGUCCAUUUUUGUUAUGAACUCUUAAUAUUGAACAGUUUUGAAUGUUAACAACUUCAUUGGAAAACAAACCUUUUUUAGUUUCAGUUCACUUUAAAAACAAGCAUUCUGAGCAAAUAAAAAUAUUAUUUUAUUUUUAUA